CAGACUGUGGACCACCAGACAGGAGACAACAUUCAUGGGCUAAGGAUCUGUUACUCUGGUGUACUGGGAACAACAGAGGUACCUUUUAUUCCCCUGGGUAAUCCAACUAAACAUUCUAUUGCUGACGUGUAAAAGAUCAAAUCCAGUCAUGCUUAAUCUGGCUAGAUUAGACAAUCCAGCCGUGAUUUUUGACAAUGGUUCUGGACUCUGUAAAAUCGGAAUUUCAGGAGAGAUUGAACCCCGUCAUGUCAUCAACUCUGUAGUUGGACACCCAAAAUUCAACAUACCAUCUGCAAGAUCCAAUCGGAAAAGGUACUUUGUAGGAGAAGAAGCCCAGUGCAUGUACGAUGGCUUAUACCUACACUAUCCUAUUGAGCGUGGACUAGUAACUAGAUGGGAUGACAUGGAAAAACUGUGGAAGGACCUUUUUGAGUGGGAGCUAGGAGUGAAACCCAAUGAACAGCCAGUUUUCAUGACUGAGCCCUCCUUGAACCCACGAGAGACCAGAGAGAAGACCACAGAAAUAAUGUUUGAGAAAUUUGACGUACCUGCCUUGUACCUUUGCAACCAUGCAGUAGGAGCCUUGUGUGCUUCUGCCUGUAUCACCGGCCUGGUACUGGACAGUGGAGAUGGGGUCACUUGCACUGUUCCCAUCUACGAAGGCUAUUCUCUGCCUCGUGCCAUCACCAAGCUAUACGUGGCAGGGAGAGAUAUCACAGAACACCUCAUCCGACUACUCCUCGCUAAAGGCUACACCUUCCCCUGCAUCCUCAACAAAGCAGUGGUGGAUGAUAUUAAAGAGAAAUUAUGCAGUGUCUCCUGGGGCUAUAAAGACACACAAAAAAGCUAUCAGCAGUCCCUAAGUGAAUACACACUGCCAGACGGGAAUAUCAUCCAGAUGAGUGACCACCUGUGUCACGUGCCUGAGGUUCUUUUUACACCGGACCAUCUAGGUAUUCAUGAUUUAGGAAUCUCAAAAAUGGUCUGCAGCAGCAUCAUGAAGUGUGACACUGACAUCCGAGAGAAUCUGUUUGCCGAGAUUGUGCUUUCUGGAGGUACCACACUGUUUCCUGGGCUCCAGGAUAGACUCCUGAGAGAACUGGAACUUCUGGCUUUUGAGGGAACCCCUAUCAAGAUCACAGCUUCCCCAGACAGAUGUUAUUCGGCGUGGAUUGGGGGAUCUGUCAUGACAUCCAUGACAACAUUCAAGCAAAUGUGGGUUACUGCUGAGGACUUCAAGGAGUAUGGGGCAUUUGUGGUUCAAAGAAAAUGCUUUUAAGGACCACCAAACUCUGGGAUAUAAAUGCCAGAUGAAAGGAGGAUUGGUGGGGGUAAACAUCAUUCCUUGGCAUUUAAUAAAAUAAACAAAAGAAAGAAAGAAAGAAAGUGGGGAA